GCUCGUGAUUGGCGCAGGAGCUGGCGCAGCCUCCGUCACUACAGCCAAUGACGGUACCAUGAAGAGACGCUAGCAGCUGCAAGGCGGAAGUUGUGCAGUGUGACCUCGCAGCUUCUCGGUUCGCUCACCACAUUUCCGAUCUUCAUCAGGGCCACGUCGCGCUGAACAGGUGAGGGACAAGCCAGCUAUGCCAAGGCCCGCGGACAAAAAGGAAACCAUGCCGUCCGUUCCCUUGUCCAACGAGAGUGCUGUCAAAGGCCCCAUCUGCUCCCACGCUGCUAUGAUGCUCCAACACGCCAACGGCGAAGUCAAACUGCGCGAGGCUUCGGACCUGCCCAACGGGGUUGACGUCGCGCUCGCGGCAGAUGACGACACGGAGCGGAACGCCGUCACUGCCAGGAAAUGGAUCCGUCCUGACCUGCCGAGCCGCUGCAAGUGGAGGCUGGGAGCUUCGCAAGUGGAAUCUCCUCAUGCUCAAGUUCCGAGAACGACUGCGCCCACCAUUCUUCCCAACAUUUUGUACAGGAUCGGUGACACUCCCAUGGUGCGGAUCAACAAAAUCCCCAAAGCGUUUGGACUCAAAUGCGAAAUACUGGCCAAGUGCGAGUUUUUCAAUGCCGGCGGCAGCGUCAAAGACAGGAUCAGUCUGCGAAUGGUGGAGGACGCAGAGAAGGCGGGCGUCCUCAAGCCGGGAGACACCAUAAUCGAGCCCACCUCCGGCAACACCGGUAUCGGAUUGGCUCUGGCUGCGGCAGUCAAAGGCUACCGCUGCAUCAUCGUCAUGCCCGAGAAAAUGAGUAUGGAAAAGGUCGAUGUGCUGAGAUCACUCGGAGCCGAGAUCGUUCGCACACCUACCAGCGCUCGCUUCGACUCCCCAGAAUCUCACGUGGGAGUUGCCUGGCGCCUGAAGAACGAAAUUCCCAACUCGCACAUCCUGGACCAGUACCGCAACCCCAGCAACCCUCUGGCUCACUACGACACCACAGCUGAAGAGAUCUUGGAGCAGUGCGACGGUAAACUGGACAUGCUAGUGGCAGGAGCUGGCACUGGAGGCACCGUUACGGGCAUUGCCCGCAAACUAAAGGAACGUUGCCCCAACAUCAAGAUUAUUGGUGUCGACCCUUUAGGGUCUUGCCUGGCUGAGCCAGAAGAAAUUAACAAGACUGACAAGACCCAGUACGAGGUGGAGGGCAUCGGCUAUGACUUCAUUCCCACAGUACUCGACAGAUCAGUUAUUGAUAGCUGGUACAAGUCCGACGAUGAGGAGUCCUUCAAUAUGGCACGUAUGCUGAUCAGAGACGAGGGCCUGCUGUGUGGGGGGAGCUCUGGCACCGCCAUGGCAGCUGCUGUCAAUGUUGCCAAAGAGUUGAAAGAGGGGCAGCGCUGUGUGGUCAUCCUUCCAGACUCCGUCCGAAAUUACAUGUCCAAAUUCCUGAGUGACAAAUGGAUGGUGCAGAAGGGUUUCCUGAGGGAGGAGGACCUCAUGGUGAAAAAACCGUGGUGGUGGAACCUCACCGUGCAAAGCUUGAACCUGUCCGCACCGCUCACUGUCUUGCCGAGUGUCAGCUGCCAGAGGACCAUCACAAUCCUCAAAGAGAAGGGCUUUGACCAAGCACCUGUGGUGGAUGAGUCAGGGGUAAUCCUGGGCAUGGUGACUCUGGGGAACAUGCUGGCUUCUAUCCUUGCCGGGAAGAUCAAGCUGUCAGACCCAGUCAGCAAAGUGCUCUACAAGCAAUUCAAACAGAUACGCCUUUUGGAUAACUUGGGAAAGUUGUCCCGAAUUCUGGAAAUUGAUCACUUCGCCCUGGUGGUUCAUGAGCAGAUCCAAUACCUGAGUGAUGGCUCUCCCAGUUUGAAGCAGAUGGUCUUUGGGGUGGUGACCGCUGUGGACCUACUCAACUUUGUCACAGGCCGUGAGCGCCGGGAGCGCUCGUUCUCCGAGUCAACGGACGAACUGUGACUGACGGGCAAAAAUGUAGUGCAGUGCUUGCAAGGUUCUCACAGCGUCACAAUGUCUACGAAUGUCAUCAGUUAAGUUUGUCUUGUAUACAAAAAAAGCGAUGAUUGGGAUUCAUACUUGAGUUUUGAAAAUGAAGCAGGCCAUUUUAAUGUUUAUGGGAUUCAUACAAUUUGAGAUUGGGUCAUUUUUUUUUUGUGUUUGAAAGAAUUGGUUGUUAUGAAGUAAAUCUGCCUGCUGUGCAUAAAGAAAGUUAUUCAUGUAGAACAUGCUUGUUUAAUAUUAUUGUAAAUGGUGGAGGCUUUUUGAUCACGUUUGAGAUCAGGGAUAUCAGAAUGAGGACUCUUAGUCUGAAAUUUGUCAGAAAUGAAGAUUAGCCAGGCUGACAAAUGGUAUUUAUUUCUUGUUACAGUAUGCAUGUGUUUACUCCUUUUUGUGUGUCUGCAAAAAACAAAAACAAAACUAGUAUUCUACAUGAGGUCUGUCUUCAUACUAUAUGCUGUUGCUACUUUUGGGGGUAAAAAAGUAUUUUUUAUUUACUCAUUACAUGUAAUCAUGAAUGGUUCAAUAAAGACGUUACAUUCAG